AUGUCCGGCGAUGUUGUGAUGUCCUCUGACGACGAUCGACCUGUCCGGCCUGGUCCAAGCAGCAUGAACGGCAAUGGGCACGUCGCGCCAAAUGGCAACGGCAAGCCCGAAGAUAGCAGCUCCUUGUUCAGCGAGGACGAUGGCGACAUCCCCCUGUCUCAGACGACCCGAACGAAGUCUGAACCGCUGACUCCCGAUGUGCGCACUAAAAAGCGCAAGAAGGCCCCAGUAUUCUCGUCUUCGAGUGAAGAUGAUACUCCGCUCAAAUCGUCUCCGGCAAAGCAGACGAAGUCAGCCGCGGUUCCCAUGCCUGGAGCUGUUAAAGCUACCGCCGUACACGCGCCGAACGGGAAGGGAGCUACGAGCAAGGCCAAAAGCAGCAAGGUCUCGCCUCGGGGUGGCGGCGGGGACUCUGACGACGACGUGCCGGUGGCUAAGCGGAAGCGCGUGACCACAAAUGGUAAGGGCAGGCCCGCGAAGAAGCGCGUUAAGAAGGAGGAGAGCGAUGACGACCUUGGGCCAGAGUCCGAGGACGACAAGCCGAUCGCAGUCAAGAAGCCGGCGGCGAAGGGGAAGCGCAAGCUCAAGGAGGAGAGUGAUGCAGACGACGAAGAAGAUAGCAAGCCUCUGAAGAAGACUCCUGCCAAGCGGGCUUCAGCAAAGAAGGCGAAAGAGGAGGAGGCAUCAAGCUCGGAGGCGCCUCAAUCGAAGAAGAGGGCCGCGAAAGCGAAGAAACAGGAGGAAGAGGAGGAAGAUGUGUACAAGUGGUGGGAACAGCAGCAGGCCAACGGUGACGGGUCUGAGAAGUGGCAAACCUUGGAGCAUAACGGGGUGUACUUCCCCCCUCCGUACGAGCCCCUGCCAGCCAAUAUCAAGAUGAAGUACAAUGGCAAGCCCGUGAAUCUUUCAUCUGUCGCCGAAGAAGUUGCCGGAUUCUAUGCUGCGCUCCUUGAGACAGAGCACGCGAAGGAUGCCAUCUUCAACAAAAAUUUCUUUGAAGAUUUUCUGCAAGUUCUCAAGAAGGAUUCUCCACGCGAUGGCACAAAGAUCACGAAGUUCGAGCUCUGCGAUUUCCGUCCUAUGUAUGAGCACUUCGAGCUACUUAAGGCGCAGAAGAAAGCGAUGAGCUCCGCAGAGAAGAAGGAAGCGAAAUCAAAGAAGGACGCACUGGAGGCCCCGUUCACACACUGCGUCCUCGACGGACGAAAGGAGAAGGUCGGUAACUUUAGGGUCGAGCCUCCAGGGCUCUUCAGAGGACGUGGUGAACAUCCGAAAAAGGGCCGCCUGAAACUUCGCGUUCAUCCCGAAGAUGUUACAGUUAACAUUGGGGGAGGCAUCCCGAUACCGAAGCCCAACGUUCCCGGCAACUGGAAGGCCGUCGUGCAUGAUAAGACUGUAACAUGGCUCGCCAACUGGGUCGAGAACGUCAAUGGGAACUACAAGUAUGUCUUCUUGGCUGCCGGCAGCUCACUCAAGGGUCAGAGUGAUAUGCAGAAGUUCGAGAAGUCCCGAGAGUUGAAGAAAUAUGUUGCCGACGUCCGCAAAUGGUACAACGAGAAGCUGAAGGAGAAGGUCAUGAAGGAGCGGCAGCUUGCCACCUGUCUGUAUUUUAUCGACGUCCUCGCUCUUCGAGCCGGUAAUGAAAAGGGCGAAGACGAGGCCGACACCGUCGGUUGCUGCUCGUUACGAUACGAGCACAUCACCUUGGAGCCUCCAAAUUUUCUAAUCUUCGAUUUCCUCGGUAAAGACUCCAUUCGCUACUACAACCGCGUCCAGGUCGACGAGCGCGUUUUCAAGAACAUCAAGAUCUUCAAAGACCAGACUUCUGAGGGCGACAUGUUGUUCGACCGAGUCGACACCGCUGAUGUUAACAAGAAGCUGUCGAGCUUCAUGAAAGGCCUUACAGCGAAGGUGUUCCGUACAUACAACGCGUCAAUUACCUUCCAACAACAACUUGACCAGGGCACGCCCGAGAAGGGUACUGUUCAGGAGAAGCUGAACGCGUACAAUCACGCUAACCGUAUGCUCCGCGGUUUCAAGUACGAGAGGAUGAAGCUCCGCCACGCGCUCUUCACCGUCGACUCGAAGUUCAAGAAGAGGAAGCCAUACGCCGAGGACGAGUCUGACCUUGACGACGAGGCUAUCGCGGAGCACGAAGAGCAAUGGAAGGCUCGUGAGCUUGAGAAAGCUGAGAAGAAGUUCCAGAAGGAUAACGAGAAGCUCGCUGAGCAGGGCGAAAAGCUACAGCCUGAGUCUGCACUGAAGGACAAGAUCAAAGAAAUAGAGAGCGAAUUCAAGCGGCUCAACAAGGAGCGCGGCACCGGAAAACAUGAGCUUAAGAGGGACAAGCCGACUGAGAAGAUUGAGGAGGCCAUACAGAAGCUCGACGAGAAGAUCAAGACGUUCAAGCUGCAGAUGGAGGACAGGGAGGCCGGCAAGGAGGUCGCUCUCGGAACGAGUAAGAUCAACUACCUCGACCCACGAAUUACUGCUGCUUGGUGCAAGAAGCAUGACGUACCCAUCGAGAAGAUCUUUUCUAAGACACUACUUCAGAAAUUCCCCUGGGCUUUGGAAGUUGAUCCGGAUUGGAAGUUUUAG